CACUACAAGCAUGUUCGUGUUGAAUGAGCUUCAGUGUUUGUCUCGGUUUGACAAGUUUCCCAGGUUUAUUAUGGUGGCAGGAUUGAGUAGAUAGUUGACACAUGAGUAAAAACAGUUGAUUGACUGGAAAUUGCAGGUUACGUUGUAAUCCGAUACUCGGUCAAAUGUAGAGAUUUAAGGGUGCCAUUUUUUUCCUCUUAAAAUUUUUGGACAACUAGGCAAGUUUACACUAGAGCAGAGGUAGUUACAUUACAACCGUAAAGAUGAAUCGCCUAUCGUUUGAUGAUGCUUCGUUGGAUAACCUGGAUCCCACGCUGUCGCUAAAUGACCCCAGCGAUAUCGACACGGCCCUCCUGAACGAUAUUGAUGACAUGCUGCAACUCAUCAACAACCAGGAAAUGGAGUUUGGAGGACUUUUUGACACCCACCCUUUUUCUGGGGGGACUCCCAGCCAGGAGGUUUCUAGUUUAUCCCAAACCAUCAACCCUGCUGCCUCCCCAGCAACCACUACCACGCCUGCCUCAUCGACCUCCUCCAUCCUAAGCAGUAACCCUCACCUGGACGCUCUUCUGGGCCCUCCCAUCACACGGAGCUCUUCCACCCCUGACAAGGCCUUCCAGCCUCCCACUUUCCAGCAGUCCCCCCUGGCCCAGGUCCCCAGCACGCCUCAGAGGCAGCAGCAGCCAUCACCCCCCCCACAAGCUCAGAGCCUCAAACAACCUCAAGCGGAACAGCCCCAAGUCUGUCCAUCCAGCCCUGCUCAGGCAGCGUCGCCGGGGCCAAAUCCAGCGCUCAGCUCCUCGCCGCAGGCAGUUUACGCCUCUCAAUCUCCACCUGCACCUCCGACUCCUCUGCAGCCUCAGACACCGUCUCAGAACCAGACCAUCUACAAGAUCCAGCAUAAUUAUACAGCUGCAAGUCCAAUCAGUGCGAACACACCUGCUCCGGCUCUGUCGUCCUCACCUCCAGCCGUCCAACCAAUGACCAUUCAGACCCAGCUCCAUGGGCUGACCACUGCCUCUCCUCUGUUGGCCGCCUCAGCAAGCCCCCCAACUCAAGCCAUUGCGCCUCAAGUGCAGCAAGUUCCCGUGCUUCUGCAGCCCCAGUUCAUCAAAGCAGAGUCGGUUUUGCUCACCACCCUGAAGCCCGAGUCCUGCAUGGUCACCACUGUGGCCUCUCCCACAUCCCUCGCUACCACCACCAGCCCCAUUCAGAGCACCGCGCUGCAGGCCUUCGUGGGUGGGGGCACUAUACUGACAACAGUGCCAGUGAUGAUGGACACCGAGAAGCUGCCCAUCAACCGCAUCGCCAUCGCCGGCAAGCCGUUGGGGCAUCCUCACAAGGGGGAAAAGCGCACGGCGCACAACGCCAUCGAGAAGCGCUACCGCUCUUCCAUCAACGAUAAAAUAGUCGAGCUUAAAGACUUAGUAGCUGGCACCGAAGCUAAGCUUAACAAGUCUGCAGUACUGAAGAAGGCGAUUGACUACAUCCGCUACCUGCAGCAGGCCAACCAGAAACUCAAGCAGGAGAACAUGGCUCUAAAAAUGGCUGCCCAGAAAAACAAGUCUCUCAAGGACAUUGUUGCUAUGGAGGUAGUUGAACAGGCCGAGGUGAAAAAUGAGCUUCCCACCCCACCGGCCUCUGAUGUGGGCUCCCCGACCUCUUCCUCUCACUGUGGCAGCGACUCAGAGCCUGACAGUCCAAUGGGGGAGGACACCAAGCCAAACGUUGGCAUGCUGGAUCGCUCCCGCAUGGCUCUGUGCGCCUUCACCUUGCUCUUCCUCUCCCUCAACCCGCUGGCGUCUUUGCUCUGCUCGUCCAGCAGCAGCUCCGCUGGAGCCAAUGGAGACAUCGGCGCUCGAUACUCGGGCAGGAAUGUUCUGGGUGUAGAUAUUCCAGCCGACUCGUGGAGUUGGAUGGACUGGAUGCUCCCUACUAUUCUGGUGUGGCUGGUUAAUGGUAUUCUCGUAUCAGGAGUUCUGAUCAGACUGUUGGUGUAUGGAGAACCCGUUACCAGACCACACUCUGGAUCAUCCGUUUUCUUCUGGAGGCAUCGCAAACAAGCUGAUCUGGACCUUGCUAGAGGAGAUUUUGCUCAGGCCAGUCACAACCUGCGAACAUGUUUGAAGGCUCUGGGCCGUCCUUUGCCCACCUCCCAGCUGGAUUUAGCCUGCGCAGCUCUCUGGUCUUUGCUAAGAUUCUGCCUCCAGCGCCUCUGGGUCGGCCGCUGGCUGGCUGCUCGGGCUGGAGGCCUGCGACCGGAUCGCCCCCUGCAGGAGGACGCCUGCAAAAGCAGUCGAGAUGCUGCUCUGGUUUACCACCGCCUGCACCAGCUUCACAUGACAGGUAAACUUAACGGCAGUCGCCUGUCUGCAAUGCACAUGGCUUUAAGUGCGGUGAACUUGUCCGAGUGCGCCGGUUCCUCUCUGCCUGUCGGCACCCUGGCUGAGGUCUACGUCUCUGCAGCUCUGCGAGCCAAAGCCAGCUUGCCAAGAGUUCUGCAUUUUACCUCUCGCGUGUUCCUGAGCAGCGCCCGCCAAGCCUGCCUGUCCUCCAGCGGCAGUGUUCCCCCCGCCAUGCAGUGGCUUUGCCACCCGCUCGGCCACCGCUUCUUUGUGGACGGGGACUGGGCUAUCCGCAGCACCCCGAAGGAAAGCAUCUACAGCCAAGCUGGGAACACUGUGGACCCUUUGGCUCAGGUGACCCAAGCGUUCAGAGAACACCUCCUCGAGAAAGCGCUUUACUGUGUGGCCCAACCAGAUGAGGAGAAAAGUCCUGGCCAGGAGAAGGGAGAGUAUGCUGACGCUCUGGAGUAUCUCCAGCUGUUGGUGAGUGCAUCAGAUGCAGCUGGCGCCACCUGCCAGUCUUUUGCAAUCGGCUCCAACAUGGCGACCGUGACUGGUUGUGACCCCCACUCUAAGUGGUGGUCCUCAGUGGCUGUUGUCAUCAUAAACUGGCUCCAAGGAGAUGACGCUGCAGCAGAGAGGCUUUACCCCACUGUUGAGCAUUUGCCUCGCAGCUUGCAGAAUGCAGAGAGUCUGCUGCCCAAAGCCUGUUUGAAUACAUUCCGAGCGGUCAGAGCUCUUCUCUCCAAACCCGAAAACUGUCAGCAGAGUUUGUGCUACAUUGACAAGGCCAGCGCUCUGCUCCGAGACAGUCUCAACUUAGGACCGCACUGCCACAGCUCUAAUUUAGACAAGGUUACAGAGUUGCUGAUUUGCGACCUUUUGCUGGUUUUGAGGACAAACGUCUGGCACGAGCAGCACAAAAGUCCUGUGGCGCCGGGGCCGACGGCCAGCAGCGCCCCUUCAGGACCUCAUCAGGCCUCGCCACCAGAGCUCCAGGGCUUUCAGCAAGACCUCAGCUCCCUGCGCAAGCUGGCACACACUUUCAAACCCGCAAUGCGAAGACUGUUUCUCCAUGAAGCCACAGCCAGGCUGAUGGCGGGAGCCAGUCCCACCAGAACUCAUCAGCUUUUGGAUCGCUCGCUGCGGCGCAGGGUAACACCUGGAGCCAAGACGGAGGGAUGUGAGACGCGGCCCGGUCAGCGGGAGCAGGCGGAAGCCGUGAUGCUGGCGUGCCGCUACCUCCCCCCCUCCUUCCUUUCAGCGCCGGGCCAAAGGAUGGGCAUGCUUGCCGACGCCGCUCGGACCCUGGAGAAGCUGGGAGAUAAGAGGACCCUCCACGACUGCCAGCAGAUGAUCAUAAAGCUGGGAAGCGGCACCACUGUCACCAACAGCUAAAAGGAAGAAACAGCGGGCAGGGGGAGGCUUGCACAGACUCUGUACUUACAAAGAUGUGACCAGACAGUCUCAUGGAGCUACUUCAACAUUUUUUACUGUACAGAUUCAUAUCAAAGUGGAUUUCAUUCAUGAUUUGUUCAACCUCAGCUCCAAAUCCAAGAGCACUUCCAGGGUUCACUUCUUUUUUUUUUUACGAUGAGUAUUAUAAAAAAAUGUGAAACCCCUUUUCCUUAUUUUGAGCUCUUGCAAGUGAUUGCAGUGCCGCAGUUUGGCCACAAAGAGGCGCCACCGCAUCCCUGAGGUUGACGGUGAGGCACUGAAGUGUGCCAGAUUCUGCAUUCUGCGUGUGUGUGUGUGUCCCCACCCCCCACCCACCCAGCCUGCUUGGCAGGGAUGCACCUUCCACAGGGAGCACAGCUCGCUGUGUGGGAGUGGCAGGCUGAACUGACUGGCUGGCUGGGUUUGAGGUGAGGUGUCUCUUUGUUUGUGGGAGAAAACACAAAAAAAAGCCCAGACCAAACUCUUUGGUCCCGAUACGAGCUUGUACUGUGGGGAUUCACUCCACAUGCUGUUCAAAGACUUUAAAAGUCCCUAAGUGACGGUAUCAAAAACAAGGUGACCCACUGCCUCAGCCCCAUGACGCCGUCUGCACUAGGCCUGUGAGGCUGCUUCUACGACGUAAUAUGGCUUUAUGAAGUUAUUUUCAGAAAGGUCUCGUGUCUGUUUUGCUGUGUACAUAUUUUACAACGUAUUUAUAAUCCACAUCAACUUUGAGUAAUAUUUUUGCAUAAACUGAGCGAUAAAUGCUUAUUUUUUUCCCUCUGAGCGCCAUCAACUCACCAAGACCACAGCCUCUGACUCAUUUGACCUUCAGAGCUGUCAGAACGCCGUUUGCAGAGUUAAAAAAAAAAACAUGCGUGGAAAUCUCUGAGACCUACAGCACAAACGUUCAAAUGUGAAUGUCAGUAACCUUGCUUUUUCCCAGAUGAGGUUCACUGCGGAGUUUUCUUUCUUUUAUUUUUUUCCAGAAACAAAGCUUAAAACUCGUUCUUUCAAUCAGUUCACUCUCAUGUUUCAUGAAGAAAACACAAACCAAAAAAAAGAAAAAUAAUAGUUAAAGGAAAAAACUGGUGGUAUUUCAGGACCGCAAUGGUUUUUUUGUUUGUUUUUUUGAGUAGCACAUCAUAAACUGACAUAAAGUUGAAAUGCAGUCAUUACUUUAAUUCCUGGAUUUGCUGUAACUUAAAUCAUUUCUUGUUGUCUGCUUUCAUGCUCCUGUUCUGUAAAUAUUAAAUCAUUUUGUAAAGAAGACUAAAA